AUGUCGGCGACGACGCCUUCCAAGCCGGCACGAACGACGGCGGCGACGGCGGCCAGCGCCUUGUCGACGUCGGAUACGGUCGUACUGCUGCUGCAACACAUAUGCCGUACCUUUUACGACACCGAGCAGUCCAUCCUCGUCGACUCGCUCCGUCGCAAGUCCGUGUCAGUCAUCGGUCGUGCUUCGAAUCUCUCGCUGCUCCUGUCUCUCCCCCACUUGGGUCCCGUCGUGUUCCCAUUCUUGCCAGCGUGGACUGACUUUCGCCGCUUUCUCGCUGCGUUUACUCCCUCCAGACUCAGCAUCAGGGACGACGAGCUGGCUGGGAUGAUGUUGAUGCAGAAAAAGGACGUCGCCGCCGUCGCCAAGCGGCUGAUCGAAGACCAACUCUUGUCGAGGUGAGCUUCAGAGGUCUGGAGAUCAGCCCACAAAGUCCCCCCACACGCAUGCGCUACAGCAUUGCCUCUCCCGUCACCUCCCCACGCCUAUCAGCUUCAUGCGCCGGGAAGCGAUUGAAGGCACGACCAAGAGCUUCACCUACAAGCGCAAGACCGAGGCGAUGCUCAAGGGCCAAAAACUCGGCCACGACGACGGCCCCAAGAUGCAGAACAAGACCUACUACUACAUCGACCCGUCCAAGACGACCGACAACAUCAAAUGGAGGCUCUACCAGGUCAGAAAGGUUUUGGACGACCAGGACAGGAAUGUGCGUACUCGUCGGUCGAGGACAACAAUUGGCGGUGCUAGGGGGAAAAAAACCCUGACUUUUGUUACUUUCGCGCUCUUUCUCUCUCUUUCCGUGUCCCGCCCCCUGCAGGAGCUCGACGCACAAGGCUACUUUUGCCCGCUGUGCAAGGCCGAGUACACCCACCUCGACGCCGGCGGGUUGCUCGAUUUCGCUCGCAAUGUCUUGGCGUGCUCGAUCUGCGGUACCGAGGUCGUCGACAAGGAGACGAUCGUCGUGUCCAAGAGCGCUCACGGCAACGUGCAGAAAUUUAUCGAGCAGACCAAGACCGUGAGCGAGCUGCUGAGGAGCAUAGAAGAAGGUGUCUUGCCGAGGUCAGUCUUCUGGCUGCUUACUCGUUGUGGGUUCGUUUCAAAGUAGACGGUCACCGAGCCCUGAUCACUCGUCAUGGUCGCCUUGUUCUUCACGGUCCCAUAGGUUCGACAUUGAAGAGUGGUUGGCCGCGAAGGACGCUGAUAAGGCUCGCAACGCCACCCACGGCUCCGGUGACAGCCACCGGCUCGCUCACGUGAACGUCCAGAUCGCCGGCGACGAAGACGAAGAGAUAGAGCGCUUGAAGCGCGAGGCUGAAAAGGAGGAAAAGCGACAACAGAACCAGUUGCCGACCUGGAUCGCCAACUCGACUGUCACGGGCGAGGCGAGAGAGGCACCGAUUCACCAUCCUGCGCAGUCGGAUGACACGAAACCUCGGCUCGGGCUCGAUGCAAGAUCGUCGGCGGCAGCGGAAGAAGGCCAGCCGACGCCCACGACGGCAGCCACUGUGGGCGCGGGUGUCGAGGGAGAGUCACAUGCAGGGCAGGACCCAGAAGAAGACGAUCUCGACGCGUACUAUGCCCGCAUGGUCGCUAACAAUGCACCGCCACCAACAGCGACGACCACGAGUGUCGAGCAAUCGCCCCUCUUCUCGCCGCUCGCGACGCCCGCGGCGCUGGAAGGUUCUGCGACCCCCGUCGCCGCGACCGACUCUCCGCUCCCGCACGCAGUCAAACGAGCUCGUGAAGACACCGACGGUUCCAACGUCGACGAUCGCAGUAAAAAGUUCAGGGUCGAAGAUGUCGUAAAGGGAGAUGCGGAUGCGGGCAGAACUGACGAUAAAGGUGGAGGUGGAGGUGACGUUGCUGGUGGCGACGAUCACGAGGAUGACGACGACGACGAUGACGACGACGAGGUCGAGGACCCUAACCCGCUCAUCACCGUCGGCGAUCUCCAGAUCGCGUUCGACCAGAUCACCGAGGCACAUACGGAGGCGAUGGUGAGUUUUCAAGCACUGGCUGGGGAAUACAUGACUCUUGAACCUGACUGACCUCGUCCCCGCGCGGCCGUUUUUCACCCAUAAGACGCCGGAGGAAUACACGGCAAGUCGAAAGAGCGCCCGCUUACUUUCGCAAGUACUGACACCGCGCUUUUGUACCCUUCUUAGAUCUAUUUUGACCACUAUAGUCGACUCGGUUGA